GGGGCAGGUUCAAAAAAGGGAAUCAAACCAUUUUUAAGGUCUUUUCGAAGACCGACUGUGGAGGAGGAGGGUUCUAGACUUCAGCAGUAUAAAUAGCAGUCCCUUCAUCCUUCAAACCUUCAAAAAGUAAAAUACACUUGCAUGUAACUUUGCAAUGGUAAUUGACACUGAGCUAUUCUAAAUUAAACUCGUCUUUUUAGGUCUAUCUCUCUCGGUCACUACUGAGUUUUGCUUGGUUUUCUACAUCCAGGAUGGCCUCAAUACAUCUAGCAGACGAAAAGGCGGCUUCCGAGCUUGCACUGUUAUCUUCAUUUUGGGAGCCCAGGAGAAGAUGGGAUGAUUCAUAGCUAACAUGGCAAGCUUGGUUCUAUAUUUUUAUUAUAUCAUGCAUUUCGACAUAGCCACUUCAGCAAAUACGCUCACCAACUUCAUGGGUUCGGUUUUCAUGCUCUCUCUUGUUGGAGCCUUCAUUGCCGAUAAUUUCUUGAACCGAUUCUAUACUUGCCUCUUGUUUGGAAUAAUGGAAGUCAUGGGUCUUGCAUUGCUUACAACUCAAGCUUAUUUCAAGGAUUUGCAGCCUGAAUUUUGUCUCAGGUCAACUUGUGUCAAAGGUGGCCAAGCAGUUAUGUUAUAUGGAUCUCUUUGUCUGUAUGCACUAGGUUCAGGUGGGGUUAAGGGGGCUAUUCCUGCACUAGGUGGAGACCAGUUUGAUCAUCAUCAACAGAAGAAAGGGGCGCUUGCUCGUUAUUAUAACUGGAAACUUCUAAUUUCAACCACUGGAUCAAUAGUUGGAGUCACAGCUGUUGUGUGGAUUAGCAUGAACAAGGGGUGGUACAAAGGUUUUUUCGUUUCGACUGUGGCUACCUUGAUUGGAUUCACUGUUCUUGCCCUUGGGAAGCCUUUCUACCGCAUCCAGCCGCCUGGAAAUAGUACUUUCGUUAGGAUAGCACAGGUCAUAGCGGUCACGUUCCGGAAUAGGGACUUGUCUCUGCCAAAAAAUCCUGAUAAACUCUUCGAGAUCCAUGAUGCGUCAAGAGAUCCAUCUGAAGAGAGACUUUCACAUUCCAAUCAAUUCAGAUUGCUAGACAAAGCUGCUAUUCUUAGAGAAGGAACGGAGCCACAGCCCUGGAAAGUUUGCACAGUGACCCAAGUUGAAGAAGUGAAGAUUUUAAUAAGGAUGAUCCCCAUCAUAGCCAGUACAAUUUUAAUGAACACAAGUAUGGCACAGCUACAAACAUUCUCAGUACAACAAGGGGUCACCAUGGAUGCACAUCUUGGCACCAAAACAAUCCCAACCCCAUCUAUUCCGGUGAUUCCUCUGGUUUUCAUGUCUGUCCUUAUUCCCAUUUAUGAAUUUGUUGCAGUCCCGUUUGCUCGAAAGAUAACCGGCCAUCCAUCCGGUAUAACGCAGCUUCAACGUGUCGGAGUUGGUCUUGUUCUGUCCAUUCUGUCAAUGGCCGUGGCAGGUUUUAUUGAACUGUAUAGAAAACACGAGGUCCACAAGAAUCCACCAAACAAAAUCAGUGUUUUUUGGCUUUCCUUCCAAUAUGGCAUUUUUGGGAUUGCAGACAUGUUCACAGUUGUUGGAUUGUUGGAGUUUUUCUACAAGGAAGCUCCAUCAGGAAUGAGAUCUGGAUCUACUUCUUUCACAUGGUUAACAUUGGCUCUGGGAUACUUCACCAGCACUGUCUUUGUUGAUAUCAUAAACUCUGUCACCAAGAGAAUCACUCCAAGCAAACAAGGAUGGUUACAUGGGAACGACCUCAACUCCAAUAAUCUGAACCUCUUCUACUGGUUUUUGGCUAUCCUUAACGUCAUCAAUUUUGUCUUCUAUCUCUUCUCUGCUUCCUGGUACAAGUACAAGAGUGAUGACCGAGAAUCAGAGACCAUAGCAAAGGCAGAGAAAGGACCGAAUGGUGAGAUCACUCUGGUUAAGUAGAGAACAACAUUCAGUUCCUAAGGAAUUGAUAAUUAGGUUACAAUUAUUCAUCAAAAAUGAUUGUCAUUAUUAUUUUUCUGGACAGAAUGUAAAGUAUAAAUUUACGUUGUUGGUAACUAAUUGUUUUUUAAAAUA